GAGCGAGGCUGCGCCCUGUGGGGUCCCUGGGAACAGUCGCUGUUCAGCCCCACGUGUCUCCCUGUGGGUGGCAGCAGGGAGGGGGGGGGGCUCAGUAUCCCCGACCCCUGUACCCCCCCCCACACCCCGCACACUGCUCCAUCCGCAGCACGGGGGGUUUUACAGGGAGGAUAAAACACUGCGGCUGCAAAAUGGAAAUCUCAGAAAUCAGGGACACACAACAGGGCGGGCACGAACCGGAGCGCGGCCCCGACGCGGCUCCUGCUCCGACUCCUGCCAUUGCCGAAGCUCUGGGAGGAAAGUAGGACAUCCCGGCCGCCUCCGGCCAGAGCCCCGCGGAGCUCCCCCACCUCAACGCCGGGGCGUAAUGACACCUCCCCUCUUUUAUGAAGCUCCGGUUCUUUCUGAUGUAGGGACGAAAAAAUACAUCGCGGCGGAUGAUAAAAGCCGCCCAAACGCCGACCCGGGGCGAAGCGGGGCGGGGAUGGUCGGAAAAUAAGAGGUGGCGAGAAAACGCGAUGCGAUGGGAGCGCGAUCCCUGCAGGGUUAACACUGCGCCGGGCCCUGCCCGUCCCCUCCCCGCUCCCUCCAUUGGCUGCCGCUGGAGGUUUAGGCUAACGAACCUCUAAUUGGGACCCCGGCUGACAGGGCUCCAGUUUCCUGGGCAGGAGGAUUGAAACAACAACAACAACAGGAAAAAAAGAAAAAAAAAAAAAAGAAAAGAAAAGAAAAGAAGAAAAAAAGAAAGAGGAAAAAAAAAGAAAAAAAAGAAAAAAAGAAAGAGAGAAAGGAGGGGGGAAAUCUACAAACAAAAACAAAGCCGAAGGAAGCACAGCCCCGGCUGCUGUUGGAUGUUGGAUGUUUUCCUUUCGUUUUGCCAAGUCCGCUCGGCUCAGAGCUCCGACCCGACGGGACGGGACGGGACGGCACCGGGCAGCUCAUGUCCCGGCCGAGUCCCGCAUGGCCGCAGCGAGACGAGCCCCCCCCGUGCGGCACCGCCACCGCGCUCCCCCCGGCCUCGUCUGACAGCGACUCCGGCUGUGCCCUGGAGGAAUACCCGGAGCCCCCCGCAGAGCCCGCGCCCCCCGAGGUCCCCGCCUGCUUCGAGAGCCGCCCCUCGGACCCCCCCCGUCCCGCCGACCGGAACCUGCUUCGUGUCCGAGCGCUCCUGCAGCAGCUGCCGCCUCAGGACUGCGAUGAGCGGUAUUGCCCCGACCUGGAGGAGGAGGAGAGGAAGCAGCUCCGGGCCUUCAGCGCCGGCCGCCGACGGGACGCGCUGGGCCAGGGGGUGGCGGUGCCGGUGCCGGGCGCCCGACACGGCUGUCCGUGCAGGAAGUGCGGCAGGAGGCUGAGCAAAGGGGAUCCCGGCAUCGCGGCGUCACGGCUGGGAGAGCAGCUCUGGCACCCGCCCUGCUUCUGCUGCCACGUCUGCCACCAGCCCCUGGUGGACCUCAUCUACUUCCAGCAGGAUGGGAGGAUCUACUGCGGCCGGCACCACGCCGAGCUGUUCCGGCCACGCUGCGCCUCCUGCGACCAGCUCAUCUUCUUGGAGCAGUGCAUCGAGGCCGAGGGUCGGCGCUGGCACCCGGAGCAUUUCUGCUGCCUGGAGUGCGACGCGCCGCUGUGCGGGCAGCGCUACGUGAUGCGGAGCGGCCGGCCCUGCUGCCGCAGCUGCUUCGACGGCCUCUUUGCCGAGCCGUGCCAGGCCUGCGGGGAGCCCAUCGGUGUUGACAGCGAAGAGGCCACACACCAGGGUCUGCACUGGCACGCCUGCGCCUCCUGCUUCUGCUGCAGCCUCUGCCAAAAGCCGCUGCGUGGGCAGCCCCUCACCGCCCGCUGCGGGCUGCUCUUCUGCUCCGAGAGCUGCAGUCUGGGCUGGGAUGUGUCUUCUGCUGCCUCCACCAGCUCCGAUUCCUCUGACUCAGCCUUUGUCUCGGCACCGUCCCCUGACUCGACGCCUGUCUCCAGAGCCAGCUGUGCCGCCAGGGCUGGGGGCGCCGCAGCAGCUGGGGGCUGCAGACAGCGGGUGGAAGGGGCCGAGAUGCUACCGGAUCAGGCCUCCACGCACCCUGCAUUCAGGAGCCCUGAGGACCAUGAAGCAGCUGUAGAGAGGAGCAAGGAUGCUGUGUGCACAGGGAUGCUGAGAUCAUCACCCAGCUACCCCUCCAACCUCCAGCCCGGCACAGGGGGUCCUGAACCCCGAACAGUGGCAGGGGAUGGAGACCCACACUACCGAGUGGGUCUGUCCCCUGCCCGACCCAGCCCACAUCUGGAGGACGUUGACCCACAGGAUAUCAUGGAAGAGGAUGACUCUUGGUGUCCCACCUGCUCUUCAUCCUCAGACUCUGACUCAGAAGAGGAGGGUUUCUUCUUCGGGAAACCCAUCCCCAAACCUGGGAUGAACUCUGUGGGCAGGGAGCCCCAGCACCUGGAGCGGGCGGGAUCCAGGAUGGCAAAGCUGCGGGGCAGCAGCAAGCACUGCAGCGUGUCCUAGCACAGCGACACUCAGCAAGCAGGGGAGCCCAGAGGAAGCAGGGCAAGGUGGCAGUUUGCAUGGUAUUUAAGCAGAGGGGCAGCAGCUGGGUCCCAAAAGCACAGGGGAGGGGAGAGCACCUUGUAUGGCACUGCCAUCCUGCCAGCACUUACAGUGGUCUCAAUGCAUUCCAAACACCUUUUAGACACAGCCCAAGGCUGAGGUGGUAGGGGGGGAAGCUGCUGGGAUCUUUCACCAGCAGCUGCUGGCAAAGCACAGCCUGCAAUUCCUGCUGGCCUCUCCUUCAAUUAGGAAAAGGUAAAGCGAGCAGGGAGCAGAGAACCAGCAGCCCACACUGGUCUCUGACUGCUCAGACAAACCCAGAUCCUCAGAGAACUGCUGUGCUCUGGGGAGGGCAGCCAAGGACUUAGGACAAGGGCAGACACCUGCUGCAGGGACUCCUGCCCAGACUGAACAGGAGGGAUCUGGCCAUCAGGGUCAGAUCCAGAUGCCAGGUGACAAUCUCUCACCUGUAGGGACAUCUUGAAGGACACGAGCUGAUGCUGCCCUGCGUGGGGCUGUGUGCCCUGCCACUGCAGGGAGGAGACCAGUGGGGCAGCUCUGCCAUCAUGAUGGAAGAAGCUCCAAUAAAGCUCAGCUGAGACCUGACUACAGGAGUGACAA